UUCCAAUCACAUGCCCUCGAUGGCGGGACCUCAUCCUUCACAACGAUCAACUCCUAAAUUCAACGGUGGUGUUGUGAGUCGUGGAUCCGGUGAUCACAGUGUUGUUUAUGGAAACUAAUCGAGCUCAGGUGCAGUGAGUGAAAGUUGCGUGUCUGUGUUCUGAGGAAAAUCCACAGGAGUCCACGCGUGUUCGUAAACGAAGCUUCCAGAGUCCGCAGAUGACAGUACUCAGCUAACUCGGCUAAGCUAACCACCUAGCCCAAGCAUCAUGCCCAAUUUUUGCGCGGCCCCGAACUGUACACGGAAGAGCACUCAGUCGGACUUGGCUUUUUUUCGGUUUCCACGGGAUCCAGAGAGAUGUCGAAUCUGGGUAGAGAACUGCCGCAGGGCAGAUCUCGAGGCGAAAACGUCGGACCAGCUGAACAAGCACUACAGAUUAUGCGCCAAACACUUUGAUCCAGCCAUGGUUUGCAAAACUAGCCCCUAUAGGACGGUACUGAAGGAUACAGCCAUCCCAACCAUAUUCGAUCUGACGAGCCAUCUCAAAAACCCUCACUCCAGACAUCGCAAGCGGAUUAAAGAGCUUACUGAAGAAGACAUAAGAAAGAUUAAAGAAAGGAGACUGGCGUCCUCCACUGAGCAGCUAGUGUCCAAAAAAGAUGCAGUUGAGGACAGCACAAGCACCAACGAGGAAGAACCUCAGCUGUCCACAGAGGAGAAGGAGUUCCGGGAAUACCUGAGGUCCAUGUUUGAGGUCGUGGUCAUGUUGGCAAAACAGAACAUCCCGUUAGUGGCGGACCAGGCGACCGAACCCGAGAGCAAGUCCAGCAACCUGCAGGCCCUUCUAGAUUACCGCAUGAAUGCCGGAGAUGAAGCUUUGAAGAAGCGGUUCGAGGCGACGGCUGUGAACACAGACUACCUCUCGGCGACCCAGCAGAGUCAGCUGCUGGAUGUGUGUGAGAACACGGUGAGAGAGGAGAUGAUAAUGGAGGUGAGAGAGAGUCGCUUCUUCUCCCUGGUGACGGGCGACCUCGUAGAGUUCUCCAACGAGAGGCACAUUCCUCUGUUUCUACGCUUCGUGAAUCAGCAGAACGUUCUUCGGGAGGAGUUUGUAGACUUUGUGCUUUUCGAUGGGGACGAGGCCUCGCUGGUGGAGCGGCUGGAGGCCCAGCUGACCGAGCGGUGGGGGCUCAGCAUGGAGGACUGCCGUGGUCAGGCCCACAAGGCCACUGGGAGUUCCACCACCAAGAUGAAAGCUGUGGCGGUGUUGCUGAUGGAGAAGUAUCCCCUGCUUCUGAGCUUGCCGUGCUCCCACAUGGCUCUGAACAUCCACCUGGCCAGCAGCCUGCCUUUUCCAAAUGUGCAGGUGGUCAUGGAGACUCUGAGGAGGGUUGAUGCUUUCUUCAGACGGCCGCUCACUCAGGAGGAGCUCGAGAUCGCUGUCUCCUCUCACUACCAGAAAAACGAGGACAAGGUCACCGCAGUGAAACAGGCUUGUGGCUCAGGCUGGACGCAGCAACACAGUGCUUUUGACAUAUUCCUGGAUCUGCUGCCGCCCCUGCUGCUGUGCAUGGACAACAUCCGGGACAAUGAAGAUGGGAAGUUCGCUUGCAGCGUCACAACUGAUGCGUAUUCUAUCACCGAAAUUCUGUUCGACUUUGAGAUCAUCGUCACCAUCGUCAUCCUGAAGAAUGUUCUCACGUUCACCAGAGCUUUUGGGAGGAAUCUCCAAGGGGAAACACUGGAUGUGUUCUUUGCUGCCAACAGUCUAACCGCCGUGCUGCAUUCACUGAACGAGGUCAAUGACAACAUUGAUGUCUACCAUGAGUUCUGGUAUGAGGAGGCCGUGAGCCUGGCCAAUGUCAUGGAGGUUCCCGUGAAGGUCCCGAGGCUGUUCCUCCGGAAACAGCGCGUAGCCGACAUGGACGAAAUCCAAACAGAGUCGUAUUUUAAGGAGUACGUGACCGUCCCUGUUAUCCGUGGCAUCAUGCAGGAAGUGGAGGACAUGUUCUCUGACACCAACCUCAAAGCUCUCAAGUCCCUGUCACUGGUCCCUGCUGUCAUGGGCCAGAUGAAGUUCAACACCACAGAGGAGAACUACGCAGAUGUUUACCGCAACGACCUCCCCAACCCGGACACGCUACCGGCCGAGCUGCACUGCUGGAGGAUCAAGUGGAAGCACCGGGGCAAAGAGGUGCGCCUGCCCAGCACCAUCCACGAGACCCUGCAGCUUCCGGACGUCAAGUUCUUUCCCAACGUGAACUCCUUCCUCAAGGUGCUCUCCACCUUACCCGUCCUGAAGCUGGAAGAAAACAAAAGCGACACGGCGAGCGAGCGGCUGCAGGCGUAUCUGGACAGCAUGCCCGCCAAGCAGUGGAACAAAAGUCUGGCAAUGCUCAACAUCAACACGCACGUCAAACACGACCUGGACGUCAUGGUAGACAAAUACUGCAGACUCUAUUCAGAGGAUGACCCGGAAGCUGAGGAAGCGGCAUCUGAGGAUGCGCCGGCUGAGGAAGCGGCGACUGUGGAGGCGAUGGCUGAGGAUGCACCGGCUGAGGAAGCUCCGGGUGAGGAAGCUCCGGCUGAGGAAGCUCCGGGUGCUAAGGAGGCGGCAGCUGAAGAAGGGGCGACUGAGGCCGAUUCUGUGAUGGAAUCAUAAUGACCUUAGAAAAUCUAUAUCUGGGACAGAAAUGAAUGGGACUGAUUUUGGCCGUCAGUUGUAAAGAUGUGGUGCUGUGAUCAAUCGUGUGUUUGGCUGCAUUAACACGUGAAUAUUUGUUUGGAUUUAACGUUAAAUGUUUGAAAAUCGGAGGUGUCCAUGAAAUCCGUUGCUCUGAUUGUAUGUGGUGAAAACAUUAGUGUGUUGAGAAGCAUCUUAGCCUCAUCUUGUAAAUAAUCAAAUUUGUUAGGAGGGAAACAUUAAAAUAUUUUCUACAAGACACCAAACAUGAUCUGUAAAUAUGACAUUUUUGCAUCUGUGCUGGGCUGACCUCAGCCGCCUCUCUAAUAAUACUGUGAUCGUCGUGAAUAAUAUUUUGUAGCUCUUUCACACUCGGCCUUUCUUUAUUGUGUGUUUUUAAAUCAAACCACCUGAUGAUCACAAGCAGCCCUGUUGAUCUACAGGACAGUGCUUCUCUUCUUCCAGUGACUGUGAGGCAGGAGGAGCUCAAGAGGGAGCAGUUCCACCGCUCUCAGCUGAAUGGGCUCCAGCCGGAAGCCAUUUUUAUUUUCUUGUAAGCAUAGUGUGACAUAUCUCUGUUCGUUAUGUAGCCCAGUAUGUUGAGAUGUAUUCUCACGGAAACCGCUGAUAUUUUGUAAAGUUAAACAAUUCUCUGGUGGUGUAUUAAAAAAUUGUGACCCACGUUU